AACUGAAACGCAUGCAACGACUUGCAAAGUCAAAAGUGAACGAAACGAGCGAAACAAUCGGAGAGACCGACAGCAUCCAGUUGAAUCAAAGUCAAGAGGGAGGGAGAGAGUCAGUCACCGUUUGCGAGUGUCAGUAUGAUCUCCAUGGAUCUUGACUUGGAUGGUAAUGCUGAUGUAUUGGAUAGUCAAGGGACAGUGGAGGGUGGCCAGUGUGCACAAGCAAUUGAGACUGACUUGGUUGUUGAGUCGAUGCUGGAGGCAACGAACGAGAUGGAGGAUGACGCGAUGAGCAAGUCGGUGGAUGUUUGUGCGAUUAGUGGGAAGGUUGAUGAUGACUUGUGGAGUCUUUCUGAUACGGACAGUGUGGAUGCGAAGCUUGUGUGGUCGGAAGCUUGUGGGUGUGAAAUGAAUCCGGGACCAAACACGCUUGCACUUCAUGGACAGAUCUCUGUUGAAGGUCAGUAUUUCAGUCGUGGUCUGCUAUGUGAGUUAGGCUCUUUGCAGUACUUUCUUGAUCGCGUCCCGACGCCAAGGAGACAACAAGGAAUCGUUGUUCUUCCUCGCAACCCUGAUGUGACAAUUUCUAUCAACAAGAGUGACGGAGGUCAUCUACUCGUCGGUGAAAUACAGAGAGUAUGUCUACAGCUCUCAACAGGCAGACAAAGCAUCCCACUAUCCUCCACCCUACAGAUUGAAAUUCCCAAGGAAUUCUCUAUCCAACGUGUUCUCUCUUCGUCCAUCUCACCUACAUCCUCCGAUGAUGACCACACACCCACAAACACCUCAGUCUCUUUGUCCAAAACCGACAACGUAAUGGUUUGCCUGCAGCUUCCAGCAGUUGGAGCGGAGAGAGACCUUGACAUCGAGCUGCAAGUGACGGCCAAUCGAGAGGCAAGCAGCAGCAGUGCACGAUGCUGGGAAGUCAAUUGUGUCUGUGGUAUCUCCCUGUACACAGAGCUAAUCUCUCGCUUAUAUUCUACACUCCGAUUAAAUCAAUUAUCAAGCUCCUUACCCGCACGAAACAGGCAGUUCCUCCAGGCAUUUAUUUCCAAUACGUUUCUGGUGGAGUUGGUGCUUCAAUCAGUAAAAAUAUUGUGUGGAAAUAUUAAGCUACAAGCGAUGCAUAGUGAGAUGGAAACGGAGCAGACGGUCAUACCUGCACAGACAACAGGGUACCUGUGGGUGACAAGUGUGGAGACGAAAUUGGAGGUUCUAUAUAGUGAAAUGUUUGAUGUGUGGUUUUGUGUUGUUAGGAGAAGUUUUAGCAGGACAGCAGGGAUGUUGUGCUAUUAAAUAUAAAAUCGAAAGUUUUAAGGAUGAACACGAAAUGAAGGUCAACUUUCAUCUUUAAUAUUCAGUGCUUCUACUAUAGUAUCGAAACAGACCAGUAACUAGAAGCAAACAACUGUGAACACAGCUCUACGUAUGUAUAGCAUGUACUAAUGGUUAGUGAUA